CGGAUCACGGAGACGGAGACGGGGACGGGGCGGGCGAUGCGCGGAGCUCCGCGCGGCUCCGCGGCCGCCGGGCACAGCCAUGAACCUGGGUGAUGGACUGAAGCUUGAAACUGAAGUACUGGAUGGAAAGCCUAGGCUAAUUUUAGCUGCUUCUGACAAAUCAAAGCCUGCAAUGAAGAUGGGGAAUAAAGCCAGAGCACCUAAACAGGCAUUGAGAACAAGGCACGCUGGGCAUGUCCUGAGGCCAACACAAAAUGCUUGUAUCAAGCAGGAAAAUGUAGCAAAACCAAGGAGUGAAUCAAGCUUAUCAAUGACAAAAGGUGAAAAACUGCAAGUUGCUAAACACUCGUCACAGGAAGCCACAACUAAAGGUCCCUCUUUGAUUUUCCAAAGAGAUGGCACAAACAGAUAUCCUGAUUCAGAGGAUCCUAGUGUUGUUAAAAAAGCUAAACAGAAACCUCAAACCCCAUCUGUAUCAGGUGAAGACUUGACAAGUUUGGUGUGUUUAACACAAGAACAGCUCCAACAGAUUUUGAUGAUUGUUAAAGAAGGAACUAGAAGCAUCUCUGAGACUCAUAAUGAAAAGCAAGAGGAAAUGGCUACUAAUGAGGCAUCAGAGGAAAACAUUGUAGCAUCACUCCAGAAAGAUUGUGAAGUUUCAUCAGUUCCAGAUGAAGGGAACUGUGAUUUGAGCAGGAAACAAGAAGCACAUCCACAGCCAGGACAGAAAGUUAUAAAGGAUUCGUGGAAACCUGCUGACAUAUUUAGUACCUUGGGUGAAAGAGAAGGGGAGAAAGCCUUACUGGAAUUUAAAAAGAUCCAGUGGAAGAAGGAAUUAGAUGAACAGGUAGCACUGAAGAAGAAACUGAAAGAAAUAGAGGGAGAAUAUUUCUGGGCAGAACCUGGCAAUAAUAAAACCCAUAAAGAAAAAGUGGAAACAGCUGACCCAGGUCAGACAGUGUUUCCAGCUGACUCAGUCAAUGCCACUGAGGAAAACUGUGCCUGUACAGCUGCUUUAGCCACAGAGGCUGAUGAAGUUCCACUGAAUGUUUCAAGAGCUCCAGCUGGGCAGUCUUCUGAUUUCAGUUCUUCUGACUUUCCAGCUGGCAGUUGCACAGCAUUUGUUUUCAGGGAAGCUGUGCCACAGGAACGACCUUUCAGUGCUUUGAAGCAUGAGCAACAGAAGAAGUGGCUUGAAGAGUUGGACAAACAGAAGGAAGAAGCUAAACUACGAAAAAUAGAAGAAAAACUUAAUUUAUCAAAGGCAGAAGAGCAUGACAGAUGGGCAAUGCAUUUUGAUUCUUUUAAGAACCACCUUAAUGCUAAUGCACAACACCCCCUAAAUGGAAUGCACAAAAAGCAGCCUGAAAGUCUUUGCCUGUCACCUGACCCUAAGGAGCUGACUGCUUUUAUUCACCCUUUUUCACCUGCAGCUUUAGGCAAUAAUCUCAUGCCCUUAAAGGUGGGAAAUGCAGAAAAAGCUGCUAAAAAUGGUGCUUUGGAACAGAGUCAGAAAGUCAGUUUCCUCCGUUCAAUGACGGCUCUCCUGGACCCUGCACAGAUUGAAGAGAGAGACAGGAGGCGGCAGAAACAGUUAGAACAUCAGAAAGCAAUAAUGGCCCAGGUGGAAGAAAAACGGAAGAAGAAACAACUGGAGGAAGAGAAGAGAAAAUGGGAGGAACAACAGGAAGAACUGCGCCUGGCACGAGAAAAAGAACAACUGCAGAAACAGUUUGAAGAAGAAAUGCUGAAACAAAAACAAAAGGAGGAACUUGCAAUUCUUAAAACCAAAGAGCUCUAUCAGACAAUGGAGAAAGCUCAGGAAUCAGCCCAGAGAUUAAAACAAGAACAGCACAUUCCAGACGUGGCUCAGAAGGCACAUGACAUUUCCAAAGUUCAGAACAAUCCUGGUGGUGGUGAUACACAGUGUGAAAAUUGUCAUUCUGGCAUUUCACAUCAAAGUAACAAUUUUUGUGAUGAUGUCCAGAGCCACAGUGAGCAGCAGGUCUCUCCUCGGAAGGACACCGCUGUACAGACAGAUUACUUUAAUACUUCAGCAUACACUGAGCCAGCUGAGGAAAGAACUGUGCACUGCGAAUCACCUGAUAUUUCUAUAGAAUAUAAAGAAACCUCUAACAGCAAAAAAUACCAGAAGGAAAUGCAGUAUAUAGAUAAAAAUAAAAUAUCAGGAAAAGAGACUGGUGGCAAUUACAGUGACCUAUAUGACCAAUAUGCCAGAAAAGAAAGACAAAUUAAAUCUUCAGAAAAAUACGGCAAAAGACCUGACUGGAACAUAAACAAGCCUGGGAAAAGAUACAUUCCAGCAUCAGAAAGAUACCCUAAACAACUGCAAAAACAAAGGGAAGAAAACAAAGUGAGGCGACAAAUGGAGCUGCUUCAGCUGAUGGAAAGAAACACCCCCGGGCACCUCUGGGCAAGGAAGGGGGGGUGUGUGGACAGGUCUCCCUCACCUCGGGAAGAAACAGCUGUGAGGAAUAAGGGGCACAGAGUCAGGAAGGAAGAACAAUUUUAUAAGAAUCACUUGAAUGAAGAAAGAUCCGAAUCACCGCCUGUUCCGGCAGUUAAGAACAGAUUACUCCAAGUACAACAGAGACAGAUCCAUGCUUCUAAUUUCCUGGUGCAUAACAACAGUAGCAGAAGAGAGAAAAGCACCAAGGCAGAUGCUGAGCAGAGGAGCUCCCCCCCUCCAGUGCCCGAGGCUGGAAGGCCUCCCUCGGCCCAGUUUAUCCCGUACGUCCGAACUAACGAAGUGUAUUAUCUCGAUCCAGAGGCACCAGUGACCAGACCUUCAACACAUGACCCACAGUAUCGACAGUUCCAUGAUUCUUACCAAAUGCCACGACAGAUUUUUAGCUCAGAUCACGUUAGAGAUCCUCUUCUAAAUCCUGAUGUAGUUAGAGAGAGACAACAAGCAAUUCUCAAAGGAUUGUCAAAAUUACGCCAGGGCCUCCUGCAGAAGCAGAAGGAGUUGGAGAACACUCUGAUUCCCACUGUAGCUCAAGAGAACUUCAUUCCGCCAUUUUGAGAGGACAUUCUGCACAAAAGCACUGAAAUCAAAUUACAAACCAGGAAAAGCCCCCACAGGACUUUGGACAACCUGAAGACAAGCAAUAGAGACACAAGGGUCUCUGUAAAACCAGCAGUACAGUAAAAGGGUCGACUCCAAAGGGUCCGAAAAGGGUCGUCUGGAGACUCCACAGCUGCUGCCUUCCAGAAACCUGAGUCAGAGAUGAUGCACAAAAUGAGGCAAUUAAGAGGGGGGGGGGGGGGGGGGGGGACAGGGGGGAGUUUACAACUCACCGGAUGUGAAAUUAAAAAAGACUGGAUUAAGAAACAAAUUAUGCCAAUGCUUGUUCACAAAACAAAUAACAAAACCCAAAACACCCCUCAAAGCCCCAGGAAUCAUUAAGCUGAAGUGGGAGAGGAUCGAGGUUUUCUAAUGCAGAUUGAACUCCCACAGUCAUUAAAGGCAGGUUUGUCCUCCUCUCAUUACAGUAAUUACAAUGGCCAGAUAAAAGCUGUAAGGACACUGAUGGUGCCCAAUAACACUGACAAUUCUGUGCAUGAAGCCAAGUUUGGGUGUUUCUCCCAUACUUUGCAAACAACAAAAAUACCACAGACAAUGCAAGGUGUUAGCAAGUCCCUUGUGCAUUAAGAGUUUAUUCAAUUUUUGUAAUGGAACUGCACCAUUGGUUACUCUAAUUGAGGUAUUUAGCCAAAAUCCAGUAUAUAGUCAUGAAAAUAACUACAUUGCCUUAGAGCUAUGUAAAAACAUUAUACAAAAAUUUUGUCAAUGUCAAAUAAAUACAUUAAUAUUUAUGUAAAGAAAAGUGACUUGGAUACUCUUACAGUUAAAAAAAGAAAAAACUGGCUCUUUCACAUAUUUUAGGCAAACAUUCAAUUUUACGUGAAAA